GUCAAAUGCUCCAGCAUGUAGAGAUUGGGGACAUGAGGAGAAAACAGCACCAGGCACGGACGAGAAGCAGUCAGUGAGCUAUGAGGAAGACCAGGCGGGGGUAGUGUCUCAGCAGCUGAGGAAAGACUUUGAAGGACGAGGGAGUGAUCUGCUUGCUAAACACUGCUGAUAACUCAAAACGUGGGAGAAAUGGUAGCAUGUUUGUAUGUGAAUGGGGAAGAAAAAAAUUGAUGAUGCAGGCGAGGGAGCAGAGAACUGCUGGCUGGAAGAGUGUCCUCGAGGAGGCUCGGCCUGCCCUGCCCCCCCAUCACAAAGUCACCAUGUGGUCCCUGGCCGCCUCCAUCGCUUUCCUGACGGCGACCUUGUCAAGAGGCAUCUCUCAAGAGUAUCUCAAGAUUCUCAAUAAUGGGACCGAUAGACCGCUCCCUGGUGGCUACCCCUGCAAACCCCACUCUCAGCCCUGGCAGGCAGCCCUAUUGGUGGAAAGGCGGCUGCUCUGUGGAGGAGUCCUGGUCCAUCCCAGAUGGGUCCUCACUGCAGCACACUGUCUAAAGGAUGGGUACAGAGUGUACCUGGGCAAGCAUGUCCUGGGGCGUGUGGAAGCUGGAGAGCAGGUGAGGGAGGUAGCUCGAUCUAUCCCCCACCCUCUAUACCAGAUCAGCCCCACCCACCUGAACCAUGACCACGACAUCAUGCUUCUGGAACUGAAGUCCUCGGUCCAGCUCACCAACCACGUCCAAAUUAUGCCCCUCUCUCACCACGACUGGCUCCCCGAGGGCACCUGCUGUCGGGUGUCUGGUUGGGGCACCACCACCAGUCCCCAGGUGAGUUACCCCCAAACCCUCCAAUGUGCCAACAUCGAGCUACACUCAGAUGAGGAAUGCCGUCAAGUCUACCCGGGGAGGAUCACACCCAACAUGCUUUGUGCCGGCACAAAAGAGGGUGGCAAGGACUCCUGUGAGGGCGACUCCGGGGGUCCCCUGAUCUGUAACGAAACACUCCAUGGCAUCAUCUCCUGGGGAGACUUCCCGUGUGGACAGCCCAACCGGCCUGGAGUCUACACCCGAGUCUCCCGGUAUAUUACAUGGAUCCAAGAAACAAUACGAAAACGGAAAACUCGGGAGCAGAAAUGGACCAAGGGCCUACAAUAAAAGUCGGGUUGGCUUACC